AUGGCAGACUCUUUCCCCUCGGAAGACUCGACAAUCGUGGAAUGGAAGACUUUUCUUCAAGGCUAUUCUGAAGGGAGUUUCUCUCCUGAUACCUUCCCCCGUCGGCCUUCCCCAGGGGCCGCUCGAGACCCAUCCCUCCCCUUUCCCCCACCCCCACACCCAUCCCUGUUAGACGACUUUCAAGAGUACCCUCCAUACACACUCUCCCCCAUCACCGACGAUGUCGCGCGUCAGGUCCGAGCCUACUGCUACUACAAGGACCACAUGCCCCCUCCCCGCUCGCCGCACGAGGCCCUCCGCGGACGUUUACUGGCCGAGUACGACAUUCUCGGUCCCGUCCAGACAGGCAGUAUCCAAGCGGCGGUCAACAUCCUGUCGGCCUUCUUUCCUCAGGCCGUCCUCACAUUCACCCUAUUCCGGAACAACGUCCAGACGAUUUUCGGAGUGGCGGGCAAUCAACCCUUGAUUGAUCGGCUCGGUAUAAUCAACAAUACGGACGUUACCAACUUCACGUCCCUGUGCGGUCAUUCUGUCCUUCUCGAGGACAAGAUCAUGUUCAUCUCCAGGAUGGACGAGGACUGGCGCUUUCGGUCAAAUCCCUACGUCCAUGACGGGGUCGUCAGCUACAUCGGUAGCCCGGUCCAACUCAAAUGCGACCCCCUCGAGUCGACCGGACAGACCACUCCCCUACCUGCCUCACCCGGACGUCCGGACAGCGUAGCCAUAGGAGCAAUCAACAUCAUGUUUGUCGACUCGCACCACGAGGUGUUGACGGACGCGGAGCGGAUGGUCAUUACCAAUACCACCGAGAUGCUUACCGCACAAUUGAGGUUGACGUGGGAGGCGCACUUCCGGACGAGGGAGGCCAAGGCGCGAAAGGUGGUGACCGAGCUUAUUGCGGAGGGACUGGACGGGGGUCAGCGGCAGGGAGAGGGAUCAAGCGGGUGUGGCGUUCGCUUUGCGCAGCUUGCGCAGUCUGCACUGGACAAGAUGAUUGCGGCGUCAGAUUUGACGGGUGCCGCUUUGAUCGACGUCAGGGGUAUAUGCACUAUGCCAGGUAGUCGCAGAUUCAUCCUCGACCCCGUCAGCUCUCGCCCCGUCACCAUCGUCGCGUCAUCAGGCCCGCAAGUCAUGUCCCAAUCCCCUUCGACGGACCGCGUCCUGGCAUACCUCAACGACGAGCUGGCUCCUUUUGUCUAUACGAGGCGACCUCGCUCGGAAUCGGGGCUGGAAAUCUACCUCCCCGACGAUAUCGAGGCCCACAUGCUGGUCCCUUACUUUUCGCAUCACCAACCGAACUUCAUCCUGAUCGGCAUAUCCCACCGCGUCCCUAUCCCAGACUCGACCACCAACCUCGUCCGCUCCAUCGGAGCCAUACUGCUUUCCAAUAGCACCCAGGCGCGCGUACUCGAGGCGGAUGCCUCCAAGACGGCCUUCUUGUCGUCUAUAAGCCAUGAGCUGCGGACACCCCUGUACGGGGUCCUGUCCGGGGUGGAGCUGGCGCAGAAAUGCCUACAUGAUGGGGAUACAGUCGGUGCAGCGGAGGUGCUAGACAUUGCCCAUUCGAGCAGUCUAGCCCUGAGCAUGAUCCUCAACGACGUGCUGGACUUUUCGAGGCCGGCCCAGACGGGGUCGAUGGAGCAGCACGUGGAGCAGCAGAGCGAGGUGGAGCUGAUAGAGGUGGUCAAGAAUGCGGCGCGGAUGUGUAUGGCGCAAUAUAAGGGCAUGGAGACGGCGGCUAGGAUAGUGCUAGAGUGCGAAGAGCGCCGGAUCCGCGUCAACAAGCCAAGAUACCAUCGCGUCCUCAUAAAUGGUCUUACAAACGCCAUCAAGUUCUGCCCAACCGGUACCAUCACCCUCUCCAUAUCCUUUACAGACCGCCUCGUCACACGCAUCACGGACACCGGCGUCGGCUUUGACACCAGUGCUAUUCCGCGUCUCCUCAAACCCUUCACGAAGGCGGACCAGCACUCGCCCGGCGCGGGACUCGGCCUGCAUAUCACCAAGCAGCUGGUCGAGACGAUGGAUGGGGUCUUCAACCUGGACUCGGCGGUAGGGAAGGGGACGACGUUUGAAGCGAUUCUGCCCGUCGCAGCUGCACCUCCCCGAGGUAUAGUCCGGGAAGUGCUGCAGGAGGAAAGGCUACGAACGGCCGCGGAGAUACCUAUCGCCAUUCUCCUGGAAAAGGCGGCCGACAAACUCCGCGUUCUCAUCGUGGACGACAAUGCCAUCUGCCUAAAGGUCCUCCGGGCGAUGCUGCGCAAAAGCGAGACACCUGUCCAAUGCUUACAAGCGGCGAGCGGAGAAGAGGCGGUCGAGAAGUUUAAGAACUUCGAGCCCCAUCUCGUCCUCACCGAUGUGAGCAUGCCUGGGAUAGACGGGAUUGAGGCGGCGCAGCAGAUGAGGGAGAUUGCAAGCAAGAAUGGCUGGCGUCAUUGCGCGAUUUACGCGUUGACAGGUCUGGGAUCGUCUGAUCCGAGGCUGCAGCGGGCGGCGAUUGGCGGGGAUGCGGCGUUGACGGGCUGGAGGGUCAAGGGACUGGCGGAUAUGUCUGUGAUCCAGGGGAUCGUCAAGGAGGCGGAGGAGGGAAGACUGGAGAGAGCGAGAGCGGGGCGGGUCAGGGACGAGCCCCCAAACGCGGACGGGGAGGAUCUCGGGGAUCGACCUCAAUCAAAAAGGGCUCGGUCAUGA